GCCGCUGUUCAUUCCCCUCUCUGCACACAUCCUUCCCUCUCGUUGACUGUUUACUCCAUCAAUGGCGGAAGCGGCUUAAGUCUCAAAGAAUAAAAGUAGAAAACAGACGGACAAAAGGAAGAAUAGCAGCAACAUAUGCCCUGUUCUCCUCAAGUCCAAGUGAGUCGACUGAUUGAAGACAGGCUGCUGUGGAUCCUAGCCAUGGAUGAAAAGAUGACACCUUUGGACUGCCUGCUGCCCUCAGGCAAACAGAGGAUCUGUCUGAUCAUACUGAACCAGCCGUUGGAUAAGGACCACCUACAUAUCCUCUGGAGUAAAGCUCUCUUGAGGGCAUGUGCUGAUGGAGCUGCUAAUCACCUUCAUAACAUCACAGCUGGGGAUCGCGACAGCUUUCUCCCCGACUAUAUCAGUGGGGAUUUUGAUUCCAUUACAGCAGAGGUCAAAGCUUUCUAUGCAGACAAGGGGUGCAAGCUGAUAGAAACAGCUGACCAGGAUCUUACGGACUACACCAAAUGUCUUGCAAUCAUGGUGGAGGAGAUUCAGAAGCGACAGCUACAGGUGGAUACAAUAGUGACACUGGGUGGUCUGGCGGGCAGAUUUGACCAGGCCAUGGCAUCUGUGGAAACUCUCUACCACGCUCUGUCAAUGACACAACUCCCACUGUUGAUCAUACAGGGAAAAAGCUUGGCAUAUCUACUCAGACCUGGCAGCCACAGACUGGAGGUGAAUACAGGUCUGGAGGGGGACUGGUGCAGCCUGAUUCCAGUAGGUGGACCCUGCCAGACACUCACCACUGGGCUCAAAUGGAACCUGAAUAAUGACGUCCUGCAGUUUGGCAAGCUAGUAAGCACCUCCAACACUUAUGAGCCCACUGACCCCGGAAAGCCCAGGAAGGCCGUAACUGUGACCACAGACCAGCCUCUUCUUUGGAGCAUGGGCAUCGGUAAAAACGGGGAAUGACAAAGAAGAGAAAUCUUUCUUAAUGGAAGUGAAAAAUGUGGAAUUGUGACCUAGUUUCUCCAGAUCAGCUACGGGAAAAAAAAAAUCUCAGGUUUUACACAUUUGAACAGGCUUUUUAAUUUUUGUUCGCUCAGAUAUAAAUGAAAAAUCUAAUGCUGAAAAUGGACCAUUAUUUGAGCCAUCAGAAAAGGUUCAGAAUACUAGCAGUCUAGUUUUUAAAUGUUUUGGCUAAUUGGUUUUUAAUUUAGUUUUUAAUUUUCUUUGCUGUAACCAUGGUGACCACUGUCUUUUGAAUAACAUACUCAAACCACAAUAGUCGUGAAUGCCAAAUUAUUACUACUCUGAUGGUAACGUGAAGUGGCACUAUACAGUUAAACUCUAUUCCUACCUUGAGCUUCUACACUGUAGUGUUAAAUUCAAAAUGAACAAUUCUGUUUUAAUAUCUGCACAUUAUUGCCUACGUGUGUCCAGAUAUCCAGUUUGCAUAGCAGCAUCCUGCGUGUGCCUUUGAGGUCAAGACGAUUGGCCUGCCUUCUGUGGCUGUUAGCAAUCUCU